GAGCCCCAAUCACAAACACAGCAUACUGUGUAUGUAUAUAACAAGCAUCGCACCGGCCUGCGCUCGCCAUGGUGACUUGUCUAGUGUAUGGGAAAGUCCAGUCCCCGCUCACCUCUCGCUCCAAACUUGAGUUUGAUUAACCUACAAUGGCCUCUGCCCCUAUCGUCUACGACCGUCUCAGCGAGCUCAAGGCGUUCGAUGACACCAAGGCCGGCGUCAAAGGCCUCGUCGACGCCGGCAUCACAGCCAUCCCCCGCAUCUUCCGCCACCCGCCCGACCCCUACACUCCACCAGAUCACCACGCCGACAGCAUCAUCCCUACCAUCGACUUCACUGGCGCCGCGAGGAGGGCCGAGCUGGUCGCCGAGGUCAAGAAGGCCGCCGAGACAGUCGGGUUCUUCCAGGUCAUCAACCACGGGGUGCCCGCGACGGUCAUGUCGGAGAUGCUUGACGGCCUGCGGGCGUUCCAUGAGGAGCCGGCAGAGGCCAAGCGACCGUACUACACGAGGGACAUGGGGAGCCGCGUCAGGUACCACAGCAACUUCGACCUCUUCCAGUCGCCGGCUGCCACCUGGCGCGACACGCUCUACCUCGACAUGGCGCCGAUCGCCCCUGCGCCGGAGGAGAUCCCUCCGGCGUGCAGAGAGGUGGUCUUUGAGUACACAAACCAUGUGCAGAUGCUGGGUGGUUCGCUGCUGGAGCUGAUGUCGGAGGCCCUGGGGCUCCACCGGCGAUACCUGUCGCACGACGCCGGCUGCCUCGACGGGAUCAGCAUCGUCGGCCACUACUACCCGCCGUGCCCAGAGCCGGACCUCACCCUCGGCACCACCAGGCACUCCGACCCCAGCUUCCUGACGGUGCUCCUCCAGGACGGCGUCGUCGGCGGCCUGCAGGUGCUCGUCGGCGGCCGCUGGGUGCCCGUGCCUCCCGUGGCCGGUGCCUUCGUCGUCAACGUAGGUGAUUUCCUCCAGCUCAUGUCCAACGAUAGGUUCAAGAGCGUGGAGCACCGGGUCGUGGCUGUUGGUGCCGCCGGGCCACCGCGGGUAUCAGUGGCCUGCUUCUUCAGGCCGCGUGGCGUGGCGGCAUCGACCAGGGUGUAUGGGCCGAUCGUUAUGGACGCGGCGGCAGGCCCUCGGUCGCCUCCGCGGUACAGGAGCAUCACAGCGGAGGAGUUCAUCAACCAUUAUAUGGACAAGGGCCUCGUCGGCAAGUCUGCACUCGAUCACUUCAGGAUCUGAUAGAUCUCACACGUAUAAUGUCAUAUUGCACCUAGACAAGUUGGCAUUGCGCAGAAUAAGUAUAAUGUUUCUUCUUAAUUUGUCUGGGGAACUACCGAAUAAAAAGUGCGAAAAUGAUGCAAUAAAACUAAAUAUUAUAAUUAAUGAAGACGUUUAUACAUACUAUACA